AAAAGAGUAAUUGAUAUUCUCGCACAAAAACCCAUGAAAUUUUACUGUUUAUAAAGCUAUGAAUGUUAUUUGAUAAUAAUGAGUGUUGAUAAAGGCAAAGGGCCGAUUUUCGACCCUGGCGUAUGUCGGUGCUGCGGCUCGAUGAAGCGAUGCCGUUUGCUGAACGUCGAAUAUCAGUGCAUGGGCCAGAAGGAAGUCUAUGCUGAUAUGAUAAUGGAUUGCUUUGGACUAUUGAUGUCACAUUUAGACGACAAGCCAUCAGCUCGGCUGGUGUGCGCAACAUGCGUGGGUCGUCUACGUGAGGCUGCUGCGUUUCGAUCACAGGUGCUCCGCUGCGAGGCCGCAUUCCUACAGCUAAGGAUGUGCGAGACAGAGGCUGCAGACGAGCAAGCGCGCCUAGACGCGUCAGCCAUGUUAGAGGUGGAGAUUAAGCUGGAGCCGCCCGACGAGCCCCUGGGCUCCGCGCCCUGCGACCCCGACGACCUUGACGACCAGGAUGACCUUGAACUUAAGGAGCAUAUGGAUGAACCAGAGGAACCGGAGCGCGUCAAAUGUCAGUCUCCAACGGACUCGGAUGACAUGCCGUUGAAGCGGCGCAAGAAACGCGCGAGUAACGGCCGACUGCCGCCCGCCGAACAACCGCCCGCCCUCCCCAUGUCCAAAGUCCAACAACUGAUGCGCGAACGCGACCCGUCCUACAUGAUCGAUACCAACGUUGUCACCGUUGUCGAGAACUCCUACAUCUGCCCCUUCAAGUGCCGACACAACCAUCUACUCUGCUACUACUGCGGAGCCAACUUCUCCGACCCAACCGGUCUUCGACACCACACCAUCACCGAACACCAUCCGAAGAAAUUCAAAGUAAUCGAGCAUAAGAAAAUGAUCAAAAUGGACUUGACGAGAAUUGAUUGUCGGUUGUGUAGUGAGAACAUUAGUGAUUUAGAUGAAUUCAAGCGGCAUAUAACAACAGUGCAUAACAAGAAAUACUAUUUUAACGCGAAAGAUUUAAUUUUACCGUUCAGAUUGACUUUGAACGAACAGCAGUGCGCGUUGUGUGACGAAGUGUUUCCGUAUUUUCACGCUUUAAACAAGCAUAUGAACAAACAUUUUAGUAAUUAUGUGUGUGAGACGUGCGGGUUAGGGUUUGUGGAUAAGGGGAGGUUCGUGAUGCAUCAGCAGAGGCAUGAGGAGGGGGACUUUCCUUGUGAAACUUGCGGGAAGAUUUUUAAGGCUCAGUACAAUAGGGACCUCCACAUCGACCGGGUGCACAACAAACGUGGGCGCGUGUUCUGCCCCAAAUGCGACGUGAAACUGAUGUCGUACACGCAGAAACUGAAACACUUAGUGGAGGUGCACGGUGACGCACCGCUGUCGUUCCCCUGUAGCUUGUGCGAACGCGUGUUCGGCACUAGAAGAACGCUAACUAUACAUAGGCGGAAGGACCAUUUGAAAGACUACAGGUACGAGUGCCACUUCUGCGGCCAGAAGUUCUUCACCCGUUUCGCUCUCAAUAACCACAUGCCGACACACACGCGGGAACGCAACUUCAAGUGUAAGGUGUGCGAGAAAACUUAUCCCAGACUCAAGACACUUAAAGACCACAUGCGCAUACAUACGAACGACAGGAGGUAUAGGUGUCAUGUGUGUGGACAGGCCUUUAUACAGAAUUGUAGUCUGAAGGGGCAUAUGAAGAGCCAACAUUCUGAAUUUGGGUAAACUAUGUUUUUAUAAUUUGUCAGACCAAUUUUCGGUGGGGUUCAACGUUUCGGGCACUCUUCGGCUCAGCGUUGCUAAGGUGUUGUUAAUAUCUGAACACGCACUCUAACGCCAUGACAAUAGAGGCGUGUUCAGAUAUUUGUGAGCACCUCGGUCGCUCCGAUAUAUCUGAUGGCGACUAUAAUAUUAUUAUAAAUAAAUGAGUAGUAAGGAAAAACUCCAUUGUAACCAAUAUCUAUUAUUGAACCGUUACAAAUAGGGGAUAUUACUGCAAUGUUCUGCCACCAGAGUGCAGCACUAGCCUUUUUAGUAAACCAUAGAGUAACUUAUACAUACUGUACCUUUAACAGGUUUUUGACAAGUUUUCAGAGAUAAUAAAAUAUGACAUUGAUGCAUCAAGGCGGUUUGUUUACAGAGGACCUACCGGGAAACGCGAAUCCGAAAAUUCGCUAUCUGCCUCUUUAUCGUUCGCAUAUGCAAGAGUGACAGAGAUGUUAGAUAAAGUAAUAUUUUUUAAAUUGUUUCACGAUAGAUCCUCAGAUUGUGGUAGUGGCGCCCUGGCGCCCCCUACGCAGAGUUUCGCGUAAUAUUCCCUAUUGAAUAAGUUUUAUAAAAUCCUCCCAUAUAAAAAAAUACAGUAUAAAUAACUUUAUUUUAAGUAGUUUUAAGUUAUCCCCUAUCUAUACAAAUGUAAAUAUUUUUAGUGUACCUACUAUUUUAAGAUGCCUGAUACAUUAUUUGAACCGGCUUCAAACAAAAAGGCUUUGAAUCUUGUUUGAAUGUUUUCUGUUUCAUUUUGUAUACGCUGAUCGUAUGUACGGUCAUAGAGAAAUAAGUAAGGAAUAGUGCUAACUCCAUAAAUCAGUUUUCUUACCAAAACGCGGGUUAUUUCGUAGUCGACAUCUAGCGUCAAGUCAGGCCUCCGUCACUCGCUCAAGGCCACGCGCUAUAUUCCUACCGUUCAGCGUAUCGUCGACGAUACAACCGACAGAGUGCCGCCGAACGCCCGCCUGAGCGCUCCUACCGCACGUUCCCGCGCUUACGCUUCGAAAUGCCGAAACC